AUGUCUUCAUCACCACCUCAUAGCAGUAACAAUACAAAUACCUACCCAGGUGACUCGCUUGAUCGAAACUCCGAAUCCAUAUCCCAAAGUCAACAACAGUCGGUAGUUCCUUCAUCACCGUUGUUUUUCAAUUCAUCAAACCCUGGUUCAGAUAUCGCCAAUUCACAAACUAGAGGAAAUGACAUGUCCUCGCCUUUACAUUACACAUCAUCGGCUCAUAACACUUCGGAAAUUGGUAACUUUAGUUCUCAAAGGGCCAAUAGAGUGCAUGAUGUCGAUAGAAUAAUGAGAAGACACCAGAGAAGUGAUAUCAACGAUGCUGCUUCAUCACCGCUGAGGAGAACAUUUACACAACCACGUGGUAACAGACAAGACUCUCAGUUGAGAUCAACUUCGUCUGCGUUUAACUCUGAUCUCGUUGAACCCGAUGAACCUACAAGAGUUAUUUGGGGUACUAAUGUGUCUAUUCAGGAAUGUUCAUUGAUCUUUAGGGAAUUCUUGUUGAGUUUCAAGUACAGGUACAGAAAGGAAGCUGACCACCAAGAUGUUGAACCGGAGGAUCAUGAGUUGUACUAUGUACACAAGUUGAAUACCAUUAGGGAAUUAGGAUUGAAUAAUCUUAACUUGGAUGCAAAGAAUUUAUUGUGUUAUCCCCCUACAAGAAAAUUGUAUCACCAAUUGAUCAAUUACCCUCAAGAAAUCAUCCCAAUUAUGGAUCACACAAUCAAAGAUUGUUUGGUUCAAAUUAUUCAGGAUAGUGAUGAGGACGACAUUCCGGCUAAACUUGACGAAGUUGAGACUAAGGUGUACACCAUUCGUCCAUACAAUAUCAACUUGGUUGAAAAAGGUAUGCGUGAAUUGAAUCCAAAUGACAUUGAUAAGCUAGUUAGUGUCAAGGGUCUUACUUUACGUUCAACUCCAAUCAUUCCUGACAUGAAGGUUGCCUUUUUCAAAUGUAAUGUUUGUGGACACACAGUUGGGGUUGAAAUUGAUCGAGGAGUCAUUUCUGAACCUACCAAAUGUCCAAGAGAAGUUUGCGGUCAGUCAAACUCAAUGGUUUUAAUCCAUAAUCGUUCGUCAUUUGCUGAUAAACAAGUUGUCAGGUUGCAAGAGACUCCAGACUUGGUUCCUGAUGGACAAACACCCCAUUCGAUCAAUUUAUGUGUUUACGAUGAGUUGGUUGAUACUUGUCGUGCUGGUGAUCGUAUUGAAGUUUGUGGAAUUUUCCGUUCGUUGCCAGUCAGAGCCAACUCAAGACAACGUGCGUUAAAGAGUUUGUACAAGACUUAUUUGGAUAUUGUCCACAUUAAAAAAAUUGACAAGAAACGUCUUGGUGCUGAUAUCACAACUUUGGAAAACGAGUUGGCCGAAAAGGAUCAAGAUGUUGAAGAGACGAGAAAGAUCACGCCGGAGGAGGAAGUUCAGUUGAAGGAAAUUUCACAAAGGGAUGAUUUAUACGAAGUGUUGGCAAGAUCAUUAGCACCUUCCAUCUAUGAAAUGGACGAUGUGAAGAAGGGUAUUCUUUUGCAAUUAUUUGGAGGAACCAAUAAAACUUUUAAGAAAGGUGGUAGGUAUAGAGGCGAUGUCAACAUCUUGCUUUGUGGAGAUCCAUCGACAUCGAAAUCGCAGAUUUUGCAAUAUGUGCAUAAAAUCGCUCCAAGAGGGGUCUAUACUUCCGGUAAAGGUUCAUCAGCUGUUGGGUUAACGGCAUAUAUUACAAGAGAUGUUGACACUAAACAAUUGGUUUUGGAGAGUGGUGCAUUAGUGUUGUCUGAUGGUGGUGUUUGUUGUAUUGAUGAGUUUGACAAAAUGAGUGAUUCAACAAGAUCGGUUUUGCAUGAAGUUAUGGAGCAACAGACUAUAUCUAUUGCCAAAGCCGGUAUUAUCACCACGUUGAAUGCUAGAACCUCUAUUUUGGCUUCAGCAAAUCCAAUCAAUUCUCGUUAUGAUCCAAAUUUACCCGUCACGGCAAACAUUGACUUGCCACCACCAUUAUUGUCGCGUUUCGAUUUGGUUUAUUUGAUUUUGGAUAAAGUUGAUGAAAGGCUUGAUAGACAAUUGGCUAGACAUUUGACACAAAUGUAUUUGGAAGAUGCGCCAGAUACAGUUACCAACAAUUAUGUGUUGCCAGUGGAGCAAUUGGCAUUAUAUAUUCAAUAUGCCAAGGAGAACUUCAAUCCAACUAUAACCGACGAAGCCAAAAAUGAAUUGGUUCGAGCAUACGUGGAAAUGAGGAAAUUAGGGGAAGAUGCUCGAUUAUCGGAAAAGAGAAUCACAGCAACUACAAGACAGUUGGAAUCGAUGAUUAGGUUGAGUGAGGCGCAUGCCAAGAUGAGAUUUUCCGAUAGGGUGCAACUAAUUGAUGUUAAAGAAGCAGUUCGUUUGAUUAAAUCAGCAAUCAAAGAUUACGCCACUGACCCUGUAACUGGUAGAAUAGAUAUGGAUAUGGUUCAAACUGGAACAACAUCUCAACAAAGGCGUAUUCGUGAAGAUUUGGUCAAUGAAAUUUUAAAGAUUCUUGAUGAGAAUAACAACUUGAUAAGAUUCAAUGAUUUGACCAUGAAGCUUAAUGAGCGAAGUUCAUUUAGAAUCGAGAAUCUGGAUAUUAAUGAUGGAUUGAAGAGGUUGCAACAAGAGGGUAAGAUUAUUGAAACUGGUGAGAAUCAUAGGAGAACCAUCAAAAAGAUCGCCAUAAUCUAA